GAGGCUGUGUACCUGAUAGCCUCAGCGCCUCCGCAGGCAGCACCUAAGCCUAGCGGCCAUCACCAUGCCUGAUUUGAUUUCAAAUGUGGCUGCCUCCAGUGGAGGAGAGGCAUUACCCUGGACCUCUUUUGGCUUGAGGGAGCCCUAUGCCCCCAUAGCUCAGGUGGAGCUGGAAACCGGAUCUCUCUAGGGCCUACCCUGGGUGGAACAGCUGAAGGAGAGUGCUGCCAUCCUUAGGGACUCCUCCUCCAGACAUGCUUCCUGAGGCUGGCUCCCUGUGGCUACUAAAGCUGCUCCGGGACAUCCAGCUGGCCCAAUUUUACUGGCCCAUCCUUGAGGAGCUUAAUGUCACUCGGCCAGAGCACUUCGACUUUGUCAAGCCUGAGGACCUGGACAGCAUUGGCAUGGGCCGGCCUGCCCAGCGCAGACUGUCCGAAGCUCUAAAGAGGCAACGAUCCGGGCCUAAGUCUAAGAACUGGGUCUACAAGAUCCUUGGAGGUUUUGCCCCUGAGCACAAGGAGCCCACCCUGCCCUCGCAGGGCCCACUGCACCUGCCUGAGCCAGAGGGCGGACUCAAGUGUCUGAUCCCAGAGGGUGCUGUGUGCAGAAGGGAGCUGCUGGGCUCCGGCUGCUUUGGGGUGGUGCACCGAGGGCUGUGGACGCUGCCCAGCGGCAAGAGUGUCCCAGUGGCUGUCAAGUCCCUCCGGGUAGGUCCUGAAGGCCCGGUGGGCACAGAGCUGGGGGACUUCCUGCGAGAGGUGUCGGUCAUGAUGAACCUGGAGCACCCGCACGUGCUGCGUCUGCACGGCCUGGUACUGGGCCAGCCUCUGCAGAUGGUGAUGGAGCUGGCGCCACUGGGCUCCCUGCACGCGCGCCUAACGGCCCCGGCCCCGACACCCCCACUGCCUGUGGCCCUGCUCUUCCUCUUCCUGCGGCAGUUGGCGGGGGCCAUGGCCUACCUAGGGGCCCGCGGGCUGGUGCAUCGAGACCUCGCGACGCGCAACCUGCUGCUGGCGUCGGCGCGCACCAUCAAGGUGGCGGACUUCGGGCUGGUGCGGCCUCUGAGCGGCGCCCGGGGCCGCUACGUCAUGGGCGGGCCCCGCCCCAUCCCCUACGCCUGGUGUGCCCCCGAGAGCCUGCGCCACGGAGCCUUCUCGUCUGCCUCGGACGUGUGGAUGUUUGGGGUGACGCUGUGGGAGAUGUUCUCCGGGGGCGAGGAACCCUGGGCUGGGGUCCCACCGUACCUCAUCCUGCAGCGGCUGGAGGACAGAGCCCGGCUGCCUAGGCCCCCCCUCUGCUCCAGGACCCUCUACUCCCUCGCCUUGCGCUGCUGGGCCCCCCAUCCUGCUGACCGGCCUAGCUUUACCCACCUGGAAGACCUGCUGCAAGAGGCCUGGCCUUCAGAAGGAUGCUGUGUGAGGGAUGUCACAGAGCCAGGCGCCCUGAGGAUGGAGCCUGGUGACCCCAUCACAGUCAUCGAGGGCAGCCCUGACUCCACAGUCUGGAAGGGCCAGAAUGGUCGCACCUUCAAAGUGGGCAGCUUCCCAGCCUCCGCAGUGACUCUGGCAGAGGCAGGGGGCUUGCCAGCCACCCGUCCAGUCCACAGAGGCACCCCUGCCCGGGGAGAUCAACACCCAGGAAGCAUAGAUGGAGACAGAAAGAAAGCAAAUCUUUGGGAUGUGCCUCCAGCACGGGGCCAGAGAAGGAAUGCACCCCUCGAGAGGAUGAAAGGCAUUUCCAGGAGUCUGGAGUCAGUUCUGUCCCUUGGUCCUCGCCCCACAGGGGGUGGUUCAAGCCCCCCUGAGAUUCGACAAGCCAGAGCUGUACCCCAGGGACCCCCAGGCCUGCCUCCACGCCCACCUUUAUCCUCUAGCUCACCUCAGCCCAGCCAGCUCCCUAGGGAGCGGCUUCCCUGGCCCAAAAGAAAACCCCCACACAAUCAGCCCAUGGGAGCGCCUGGAGCUAGCAAAGCCGCUGUCCUCUCUGGAGGCCUCUUGCCCGAUCCUCAGUUGCAGAGGAAGAUUAUGGAGGUGGAACUGAGUGUGCAUGGAGUCACCCACCAGGAGUGCCAGGCAGCACUGGGAGCCACUAGGGGAGAUGUGGUUUCAGCCAUCCAGAACCUUAAGGUAGACCAGCUCUUCCACCUGAGUAGCCGGUCCAGGGCUGACUGCCGGCGCAUCCUAGAGCAUUACCAGUGGGACCUCUCAGCUGCCAGUCGCUAUGUCCUGGCCAGGCCCUGAGCUCGCUUCUGUGGGCAUGGACACCAACAUGAAAAGCCUAGGCCCCUGAGGGCCUGACCACGUGGGACCAAGCAGAACCAGAACAAGGUCCUGACAGGGGUAGACUUUCCACCUGGGGAGGAGCCCAGGGUUGGGCACUGGGAAGUGUCUCCUGCUUCCCAUGCUCCUUGGCCUCUGAAGGCUGAAGCUCCUUUGGCUGGGUCAAGAAGGUUCUAGCCUGCCCACUACAUUCUCAAACAAGAGGACAACUUGGAAGAAAAGAGCUGCUAUACAUCAUAUCCAGAGGAAGCUUCUACUCGCUAGAGAGGAUGAUCAAGGGGCCACACUGGACCAUGUGAACAGCCAUCCUGAACUGCCAUCUGCUAUCGCCCUAGACUGUGGGGCAGCCAUCUUGGAUGAUGGAAGCCGCCAUAUUGACUUGGGGUAUGAGGCCCAAACUCUCUUUGUUUGGUCCAGGGCCAUGGUGGGUGAUGACGACUGCUCUUUGCGCUCAAGGACGUUUGAUGCUGGCACUAUGGAUCAUGAGACCGGCCAGCCCCUGCCCCAGCCCUCACAUUCCCCUUUGUUUUUCCUGGCACCAACUCCUUCCACCCUUCCCUAUUACAUACGUCUUCCAAUGUCCAAAAAGUUACAAAGUUUAUAUGAAUGUAA